UUAUUAUACAAAAGAAAUUGUUAUAUCUUGGAUAGCUCACACUCCAGAUGACAUAUGUGGUAAAUAUCAAAAGCAGAGUGAAAGAGAAAAAAAAAUUCAACAAUUUUCAAUUAUUUAGUCCCUUUCAUUUUACCUGGUCCAGUGGAGACUAUCUUUUGUUUUAGAUUAAUAUUUAUCUCUCUAUAAGUGAUCAUUCUUCAAAGAAGCUCUUUAUUUUUCAAUUCCUAAUCCAAUCAUAUACUUUCUUCCCUUAUUUUCCUAAGCUACAGAGAACUGCUAGAGAAAGUAACUGAAGUUUGUUGACUCAGCCCUCUACAAAUUCAGUCUACCUUAAAUUUACCUGAUGGUUCUCACUGUUACUCAUUUAUCUUCUUAUUCAUGUUUAUCUGCUCUAUAGCAACUGAAUUUCUCACAACAGUCAAUCUAAAAAUUCUAGAUUCUUUUCAGUUUUUCAAUUCUAAUCCCACACCCCUUAGCAGAUAACUUACCUCCCACUAGAUUUUGAAAAAAAAGAGAAAAGAUUUAAACUUUUUUCGUGUUUUUUCUUCUUUAUCUCUUUAUGGCUGUUUUGUCCUUCCUUCUUGUCCCUCCUUUCAAAGAUCAUCUCUUCCAUUUCUGAUCUUGGCCCUAUUCCUUUAUUCAUCUCAAAGGGUCAAAGUAUACAUCUUUUCAUCCCCAGUUUCUUUUCAUCUUCCUUCAAGUACCAGAUCUUCUCCCCUUAGGAAAAAAAAAAGUUCUCCCAUUAACAUCUUUGCUACCAUUUUUGCUCCUUGAACUACUGCCUUAUUUCUUUCUUCUUUUUCACUGCCAAAUUUCUACCAUUGUUGCUUUUUCUCCCUCAUCAUUAGCUUGUAUCUCAACUCCUUGGAAAAUGACUUGUAAAAAUUAUUAUAAACUGAGUUAAAUUAAAACAACUAUUUAAAUUUAUAAAACAAAAACAUUUUUAAAAGCAACACAAUUAAAAAUAUGAUUUGUAUAACCGCAAACUUCAAAUUAAGUAAAAUUUGUAUCUUGUCUUGUAGUUCCAAUGACUUGCUAAACAUCUCCAUUUGUAUCUUUUACUAAUAUCUCAGUCCUAUACUAUUAGUUCCUAACUGAUUUUCCUGCCUAAAAUCUUUUCCAUCAAUAGAUGUAACAGCUCUAUCUCCCUACUACCCUACUCCAACACCUCCUGCUACUUUGAAAGCUUUUUGCAAGUUUUCUGUCUUUUCUAAAGGGUAAAUGGUAAGUGUGGUUGUAUUGAAAAUAAUCCCUCAUGAUUGGCCACCACAGAGAUUUAUAGUGACCCUAAUUCCAUGCUUUGAUUGGUUGAUCACAUAAUACCCUAGAAUCAAACUGCAGCUCCCCAAAUCAUGGAAGGGAGCUUGUCAUUCCCCAGGCUCUACUUUUAAGAUCAAGCUCAUUAACAAGCAUUGCUCAAAGCCAUUCUUCUAUCUCUAAAGAUAGGAAAACUGAAAUAUCCUUUUUUUAAAAUUUUUAUUGAAGUUUUUUAUUUUCAAAAUGCAUGUAAGGAUAAUUUUUCAAUUGAAUAAUGCCUUGAAAAACCUUGUGUUCCAAUUUUCUUCCCCUUCCUUCCACCCCAUCCCUUAGAUGGCAUGUAAUUUAAUAUAUGUUAAACAUGGUAAAAAUAUGUUAAAUCCAACAUAGUUAUAUAAUUAUCUUAAGCACAAGAAAAAUCAGAUCAAAAAGUUUAAAGAGAAAAAAUAAAAUUAAAGCAAACCACAACAAAAAGAAUGAAAAUGAGAAAGAAAAUUAAAUUAAAGCAAACCACAACAAAAAGAGUGAACAUGAGAAAGAAAAUAAAAUUAAAGCAAACCACCACAAAAAGAGUGAAAAUGCUAUGUUGUGAUCCACCCUCAGUUCCUACACUCUCUGAGUAUAGAUGGAUCAUCAUUGUCACAAGAUCAUUGUAACUGGCCUUUCUAUUCAUGCAUAGCAAAAGCUGACUUCCCGAUGCCUAUAACAAACUUUUUAUCAAUCUCGCUUUUUGGUUCGUGAAUUGCAUUAUGAAGGACCUCUGUGCCCCCAGAAGGGGGUUCCCAAAACUCCCUACCCAUGCACCAAAUCCCAAGAGGAUUUAGAGGAGCCAGAUUUCAUUUAGUUCCCUGAACCCCGAGCUUGCCACUAAGCUCAUCAAUUAACUCUCUGACCACCAGGAACCCUAAUCUCAUUUCAGUUCCCUGAACUUAAAUCUCAUCACUAUCACCUGCUUGCUUAUGGAUUUCAGCAUUGGAAUGGGCCAAGAUUCCUUAGCUAAAGUGGUGUCAGAACGCUUCCACUGAUAUGAGGCAGUUGGGUCUUUCUAAAUGCUAGAUGGCAGGUUACAAUUAAUACUGAGGGGAGGGACAAGCCUGAAGGCCUCGAUAACCAGAAUGUCCUAGUGGAAGAAAUGCAUCAGGACUGGUGGGAGAAGGAAUGAAGUAAAGAGAAGGGACUGAAUGGGACCAGGGGAGGGUUUCUCAGAGGCUCUAGGACCUUAGGCCCAAGUUUCAGGACAUCACAUGACUACUAUUCUCAGAGGAUUGUAGGGCAGAAAAGGUCAGAUUCUAGGCCUAAGUUUCAUGAAGUCCCAUGACCCCUAGGAAGGAGAUAGCAUUGCUGGUCAUUGGUCAGUGGAUACUUCCUUUUCCAUCUAUCCAAUGAACCCAAAACUUUUCCUGUUUCAUCUAUCCCCUCUUUUUGGCCUGGGGCCCCACACCAUGCUGGGCUGCUCCCUUUGAUGUGCUGGAACCUCUCCUUGGAAGCAUAGAAUCCAUGCUUUCUGUUUGCAUCUGGAGAUGCCUCCUCAUAAUGCAUUUGACUCAGGGGGUCACACACACAGAUUCCUAAUUUUUUCUUUUGUUCUGGUUUUUUUUUUUUUUUUUUUUUUUUUGCCUCAGGAUUACAUUUUUCCUUCCACAACCUGAGAAAUAUGGUUCAGUGUGAUGACCAUGUAUUUAAAGUUAGCCAGAGUCAGGAAUUCAGGUUAAGGGAAAAAUCUUCAAUCUUUAUUGAAGUGAAGAGGUGAAAAAGGAUUGCGAUAGCAACAAUGGACAAGAAAGAUUGCGACAGCAAUAUGGGCAGCUGUAACAGGAAGCCAGCUAACAGAGGGGGAUUGGAGAUGAAGGGCCUUCACAAUGGCAAUGCGAGCAGCUGUGUCAAGACGCCAGCCAGCAGUCUCUCCUUCCACUUCCCUUUCCACACCCCUGCCUCCACCCACCAAAAACGUCAUUUCCUAUACAACACAUCAGGACUUGCACUAAGAGUGGAUGGGGGCCAUUCUUUCUCCAAGCAUAUACAUUAAUAGAGUAUGGUCCAAUUACUAUUUAGCCUCACGUGCUUGGGUCCUCAGUGCAUCAACUCAAGCCUCAGCCCAUUACAUCUCCCACUUUCUUUUGUUUUAGAACACAGGUGGUCAUGCCAUUCCUGACUCCUCAGGGAGGUCAGAGCCCCCAAGAUCACCAAGAGGUGAUCACAACCCCCUGACUUCUCAGGAAGAGAGGUGAAAGCACUAAAAAGGAAAUAAGCACCAAAGGGAAGUGGGGUUGCUAGAGGGUUUCUGGGCUGAAGGGUCUUAUUAUGCACAAACCCAUCAGCAUGGGAGGUAUUACACAAGCACAUAGCAAUAACGCAGAGGCUAUUAGUGAUGACUCUCCCCACAGUCAGUGCAGGCUUGAUAUGGUAUAACAAACAUGAAUUAUACACGCAAAUAACGGUAUAACAAACAAUAUAAAUCAACGUGGUGUUGUAAAAGAUUGUCAGAAGUCCUAGAAGGAAGAGUAUGUAAACAGCAAUCACACAUACGCCUUCUUCAGCAGCCAAGAGAUAGUCUAAAACCAAUCUGUUGUCCAUUGCUUCACAUACUAGGGAAUCCAGUGAUCCCCCCAAGUUUUUGAAGUCCUGCAAAAGUCUUUUUAUGUCUUAGGGAAUCCAAUGAUUCCAGCAGAUUUUGAAGUCCUAUAACAGUCUUAUCAUUUCUCAGAAAAUCCAAUGAUUCUUGAGGGCUUUCAAGUCCUACAACAAUCUUAUGUCUCAGAGAAUCCAAUGAUUCCUGAGGGUUUUCAAGUCCUACAAUUUUCUAUGUCCAUGAGUCAAACACCAUAACUGCCACACUCUUUCAAUGGUGAGCACAAUCAGCAACAGAACCACCCAAUGUUUCUUGGGUCUUCUCCUUUGUUUCAAGGGUCUGCUCCGUCUCUCUGCUAUGGACAAGGCGAAUAUGGCUCGUUGGCACCCAUCUGAUUCCUUCUCCACCUGUAGAGAUACAAGCAAACCCUCUCCCCCAAGCAGUUAGCCUAUCUGGUCCCUUCCAUUCACCACUUUCUGGGUCUUUCCACAUCACCUGGCGAUUAUCUAAAGAUAGUGGAGCUGCUCGCACUGGACACUACCCUUCCAGUGGGUUAUAAAACCUGUCUGCCGGAGCCAGUGCAUCUUUGUCAAAAAUCAAGAAGUUAAUAGUAUAAAGGGUUAGAUUUAGUAGUUCUCUAGGGUUACCUGUGGCUCCCCCUUUCUUUUAUUUUUGGAGCAGCAUCUUAAUGUCUCUGUUUCUCCUCUCCAUUAAUGCCUGUCCUUGAGGAUUAAAGGGUAUGCUAGUGAUGUGUAAAAUCUUAUACUGUGCACAAAAGUGUACAAAAUAUUUGGAGGUAUAUGCAGGACCAUUGUCUGUUUUUAUUGCUUGUGGCACACCCAUAAUGGCAAAUUCUUAUGUGAGGAAUUCAGUGACCACUCGGGCUGUCUCUUUUGCUGCUGGUAUGGCAAAAGUGAAGCCUGAAAAGGUGUCUACCACAACAUGGAUAAAAGACAGAUGACCGAAUGAUUUAUAAUGGGUCACAUCCAUUUGUCAGAUUUCAUUGGGUCUCAAACCACGAGGGUUCUUCCUUGGAGGCAGUGUAGGAGCGUGGAAAGGAAGGCAAGCUGUACAGCUUUUUACUAUGCUCCUAGCUUCCUCUUUUGUUAUCCCAAAUUGUAAAUGCAAAGCUCGAGCAGCCUGAUGGUAUUUAGAAUGGGAUUCCUGGGCCUCCUGAAAUAAAGGCGUACUGGCUAACAUAGUUAAAAGGCUAUCUGCCUUUGAAUUCCCAUCAAAAAUAGGACCUGGAAGUCCACUAUGUGAGUGGACAUGCAAGGUAUAAAUCUUUCCUGGAUGCUUUCUCACUUGCUCCUGAAGUUCCUUAAAGAGCUGAUACAUAUUAGAAGCUGCAAAUUUUAUUUGGGCUGUGGCAAUUCUUUGUACCACACCUACUGAAUAGGCUGAAUCAGAUAUUAUAUUUAGGUCUCCUGGUAAUAAGUGACAGCUAGCAUGAUCGCAUAUAAUUCGUUCUGCUGAGUGGACUGAAAAAGAGUUCUGACUACUCUCUUUAUAGUUAAGUCAUGAGAGUAUACAGCACAAAUAUUGUGUUUGGAUGCAUCUGUAAAGAUAGUUGGUCCUUUAAGAGGAACUUUAGAAACUUUUUCUUCAAGAAUCCAUCGCCAAUUUUGUAAAAGUCUGGUUAUCUUUAAUGGAGACUCAUGUGUAAAAUUUGGAGCCAUGGCUAAUAAAAUUUGCCACUCUGGGAUGGUCUCACAGCACACAUUAAUUUGUGUAUUGGUGUAAAAGGUGUAUAUCUUAUCAGGUCUUGCCCCAGAUAAUUGUACUGCUCGCUUAAUGGCCUUUAAUAAAAUUCUAGCCACAAGCACUGGGUAAGGAGUAAGGCUUUGUUCUGGUUGUGCCAGGAGAUUCAGCCACUCUAUCACACUGACUCCUUGAUGAAGGACUGCUGUGGGUACCUCUUGUGUGGCAAAAACUGAUAUUUCCAAGGGUUUCUGAGUGACUCUUUCAACAUUGGAUAAUUCUGAUGGACGUGGCUCUUUUCAAUAAUGAGAUGAUCAGAAUAGAUCAUCACACAAUCUUGUUGUUGCUGUGUAUAAUAAUGUCCUGGUUCUGCUCAUUUCACUCAGCAUCAGGUCAUGUAAGUCUCUCCAAGCUUCUCUGUAUUCAUCCUGCUGGCCAUUUCUUACAGAACAAUAAUAUUCCAUAAAAUUUAUAUGCCGUAACUUAUUCAGCCAUUCUCCAACUGAUGGGCAUCCACUCAGGGAAAACUGAAAUAUCAAUGAGUGGUCUUUUGGUUAUGGCAAAAGGAUGGUUCACAUAUUAUCUGCUAUUCAUAUCCAUCAAUCACAAAAUAUAUUUUUGAAUGCCUCCUCUGUGUAUAUGUUGUUCAUACAAGUAGAGCCCUUUCAUAUAAUGAGUCUUGCAAGUCUUGCAAUUGGUUUUCCAAAUCAUGUUGGUUUAUAGGUACCAAAUAAUUCAUCUAUCAAAUGAAGAAAUUGACUUGUCCCUGAACUCAAGUCCCUUCAAUUUCUAAUAUUCUAUGGAUUCUAUGACAUGGUGCCUCCAAGAGGUCACAAUAACAAGAAUGGAACUUUGGAAAGAAACUGAUAGAACCACUUUUCAUCUCUACUCCACCUGCCUUGUACCAUCUUUGAUGUCCUGAUUUCAUUCAGAUUCCUCUGCAGAUUUCCUGUACCUGACCUGCCCCACGAAGCUUUUACUUAAAUCAUUAUAGAGUGGCCUGGACUUGUGAAAACCAGUAUUUCCUUUCAUGGAGUUAAAAACAGACCUUCCUGACCCAACCCACAUGUUCCAAGAGUUGUAUUCACAGCUAACCCUUCCUUCUGAUGGAAUUCCAAGUAAACAGGUGCAGAUGGUCCUUGCCAGACUUAAAGAUUUGGGUCCUGAGCACCUGGAGAAAUUACUUGCCUUCUUGUUUCUGAAAAUCGAAGAAAAUGAGGAAAAUGAAGUUAUCUUCUGUUGGCUUAUUGGGGUCCUAGAAGACUUGGUGAAGUCUGACCUUCCUUCAAUGAUUCCCAGUGUGAUGAUAGACUUGCAGCAUGCUUUAUGGCCAUGCCUUCCCAACCCCAGCUAUAAGGUUAAAGAAGCCAUGGCCAAACUCAUCCUUAGUCUGGGAGAAGGUGGUUACCUGUGUACAGACAGUGCAAUUGUCUUAAUCCGCUUCCUCAUAGAUGAAUGUGUGAAGCCACUAGAUGACUCAACUUCAGAUGUGACUGAGAUAAAUGAUGAAAAGAAAAAACUGAAAAAUUUAUGUCUGGAAAUUUUAACUGACUGUGUCCAUAACCCCUGCAUGGCCAAGCUCAUGUGGCCAAUGCUCCUGGAAUACAUAGCCCCAGAUCAAUAUGCCAGUAUCUCCCUCAUCCUUAGCUUUGUGCUCUACCUGGCUGAGAAGCUUCAACAUGAAGAGCAGGAUGCCCUGGACAUCAACUAUUCUGAAUGUGUACUUGGAACAAUUAUCAUGCCUACAGGAAACAGAAGAACUCCAACACCUCAAUUCCUUCUCUUGCAGCUCAUGGUACUUUCUUACUCUGAUAACAUGAGCAAAAAUAUCCGGAGAAGUGCCCUUCAGAUCCUUUCAAUUCUCCAUCACCAAAUCUACAAACACCUGGGGAAGGGCUGGGUUCUGAAAAUUGAGACCCUGCUCAACUACCUGGAAGGUGAUGGGAUAUCCUGCUGUCAGAAAUUCUGGGAGGAGAAGAUACUGUUGUUUCUUGAUUAUACACUCCAGUGUAUAACAAAACAGAAAUGGAUCUUCCACUUCUUAGAGGAUGUCAUCGCUCAAUUGCGCCUUGGGCAAGGAUCUUCCAGUGAGAAGAGUUUUCUCUACCAGUCCUGGGGAAUUGCUCAGAAGUUAGUAGACUAUAAAAGCAGUGAGGACCAUCUAUGGACUUGCCUUGAAUCCAUAAAUUGUAAAGAAAAAGAAGAAUGUGAGGUAAAAACAAGAGGGAUUUGCUCAUGGUGUAGGGAUCUGGGCUUCUGGCCACCUCCAUGA